AUGUCAGAGCGCGCCAACUUCAGAGGCGGUGGCGGUCGAGGUCGCGGCGAUCGGGGCGGCAGAGGGGGCGGUGAUCGUGGAGGUCGAGGCGGAGGCAAUGCUGGCGGCGAGCGGAAGAAGGAAAACAUCCUCGAUUUGUCCAAGUACAUGGAGAAGGACAUUUCCGUCAAGUUCAACGGCGGACGAGAAGUCACCGGAACCCUCAAAGGAUACGACCAGUUGAUGAACCUGGUGCUUGACAAUGUCAAGGAGGUGACGAGAGACGAGGAAGGAAACACCAGCUUCCGCAAUCUGGGCCUUUUAGUCGCGCGAGGAACUCUACUGGUCCUAAUAUCGCCACUGGACGGCAGCGAGGAGAUCGCCAACCCAUUCGUGCAAGCAGACGACGACGACGAGUGA